AUGAAGUUCACUACCGCCUUGGCAACCGUCUUUGCCGGCCUCGCCGCUGCAACCCCGACUCCCACCGUUGACAACGUCGCGGACAAGCCUCACCUCGUCAAGAGAGCUUCUAUCUCCGACAAGGCAACUCUGGGAUAUGCUACCCUCAACGGAGGAACUUCCGGUGGUGCUGGCGGCACGGUCACCACUGUUUCCACCCUCGCCCAGUUCACCGCUGCCGUGAACGAGAAGGACACCGCCGCUAAGAUCGUUGUUGUCAAGGGCGUCAUCUCAGGCGCCGUCAACGUCCGCAUUGGCAGCAACAAGUCCGUCAUCGGUCUUGCUGGAGCUGGAUUCAAUGGUGUUGCUCUCCACGCUCGUCGUCAGAGCAACAUUAUUGUGCGAAACAUCAAGUCUACCAACGUCCUCGCCAGCACUGGUGAUGGCCUGAAAAUCGAGGAGAGCACCAACGUCUGGGUUGACCACUGCGAGUUCAGCUCGGCUCUCGUUUCCGACAAGGACUACUACGACGGUCUUGUGGAUGCUUCCCACGCCGCUGACUACUUGACCAUCUCCUACACUUACUUCCACGACCACUGGAAGACUUCUCUCAUUGGGCACAGCGAGAACAACGGCGCUGAAGACAAGGGACACCUCAGGAUCACAUACGCCAACAACUACUGGGCUAACGUCGGCUCCCGUGGCCCUUCUCUGCGCUUUGGCACUGGCCACGUCUACAACUCUUACUACCUGAACGUCAACUCCGCAAUCAACACUCGCCAGGGCGCCCAGGUCCUCGUACAGAGCAACGUCUUCAGGAAUGUUACUGCCCCCAUCGAGACCAAGGACUCCGACAUCGUCGGCUACGCCAACGCUAUUGACAACGAUCUCGGAGGUGCUGCCAACACCGCCCCGGUCGGCACCCUCAACGCCAACUCGCCGCCUUACUCCUACAGCCUCCUCGGCUCUGCCAACGUCGUCGGAACUGUUCCUGGCCAGGCUGGCCAGAAGCUCACCUUCUAA